UGUGAGAGUUGGACCGUAAAGAAGGCUGAGUGCCAAAGAACUGAUGCUUUCAAAUUGUGGUGCUAGAGAAGACUCUUGAGAGUCCCUUGGAGAGCAAAGAGAUCAAACCUGUCAAUCCUAAGGGAAAUGAACCCUGAAAAGACACUGGAAGGACUGAUGCUGAAACUGAAGCUCCAAUACUUUGGACACCUGAUGUGAAGAGCCAACUCACUGGAAAAGACCCUGAUGAUGGAAAAGAUUGAGGGGAGGAGAGGGCGACAGCAGAGAGAUGGUUGGAUAGCAUCACUGAUUCAGUGGACAUGACCAGGCGAACUCGGGGAGAUGGUGAGGGACAGGAGGCCUGGCGUGCUACAGUCCAUAAGGUCACAGAGAGUUGGACACGAUUUAGCGACCAAACACCACCACCAACAGCUACUUUAAUUACAAUGAGACAGCCUUUUCUCAAUGUAUCAUAUCUUCAGAACCCAUUUUUUUAAGCCUUGGAUAAACAUCAUAAACUUAUAUAAGAAAUGAUAGCCUUGUGUGUGACUAAUUGUUUCCAUGUGAAAAUAGGAUAAGUCCAGGACCACACUGGAUCCAAAAAGCACAGAGCACCAUGAGACAUGAAUGAAUACAACACAGAAAUAUUUGCUUCAAAAAAAAAAAAAAAAAAGCUGUCAGGUCUAAAUUUAAGAGAAGUCAAAGAAACAAGCAAGAAAUGUAAAAGUGAAACAUUGGCGAUCGUCUUCAUUCUUGUCAAACUGUACUAGGGUCAGCAGCGUUGGGACCGGGAGGCCAGAUAACCAUGUCAGCUGCAGCUGUGGAUGCAGCUAAUGCAGCCCCCUUAUCGGGGUCCAAAGAAAUGAGUUUGGAGGAACCAAAGAAGAUGACUAGAGAGGACUGGAGAAAGAAGAAGGAGCUUGAAGAACAGUGAAAAUUGGGUAAUGCCCCUGCAGAAGUUGAUGAAGAAGGAAAAGAUAUCAAUCCUCAUAUUCCUCAGUAUAUUUCUUCAGUGCCAUGGUAUAUUGAUCCAUCAAAAAGGCCUACUUUAAAGCACCAGAGACCACAGCCAGAGAAACAAAAGCAGUACAGCUCAUCAGGAGAAUGGUACAAGAGGGGUAUAAAAGAGAAUUCCAUAACUACUAAAUACCGAAAAGGGGCGUGUGAAAACUGUGGAGCCAUGACACACAAAAAGAAAGACAGUUUUGAGAGACCUAGGCGAGUUGGAGCAAAAUUUACAGGGACUAACAUAGCUCCAGAUGAACAUGUCCAGCCUCAGCUGAUGUUUGACUACGAUGGGAAGAGGGAUUGGUGAAAUGGCUACAAUCCAGAAGAACACAUGAAAAUUGUAGAAGAGUAUGCCAAAGUUGACCUGGCAAAACGAACGCUGAAAGCCCAAAAACUCCAAGAAGAAUUAACCUCAGGAAAAUUAGUGGAACAGGCUAAUUCUCCGAAACAUCAGUGGGGAGAAGAGGAACCAAAUUCUCAGACAGAAAAAGAUCAUAACAGUGAAGAUGAAGAUCAAGAUAAAUAUGCAGAUGAUAUUGACAUGCCUGGACAGAAUUUUGACUCUAAGAGACGAAUUACUGUCCGGAAUCUCAGGAUUCGAGAAGAUAUUGCAAAAUAUUUGCGGAAAUUAGAUCCAAAUUCUGCUUACUAUGAUCCCAAAACUAGAGCGAUGAGAGAGAAUCCUUAUGCGAAUGCUGGAAAGAAUCCAGAUGAAGUCAGCUAUGCGGGGGAUAACUUCGUUAGAUACACAGGUGAUACCAUAUCAAUGGCCCAGACACAAUUGUUUGCUUGGGAAGCCUAUGACAAAGGGUCUGAAGUGCAUCUACAAGCAGAUCCUACAAAACUAGAGUUAUUGUAUAAGUCCUUCAAAGUCAAGAAAGAAGACUUCAAAGAACAGCAGAAAGAAAGUAUCCUGGAAAAGUAUGGUGGUCAAGAACACUUGGAUGCUCCUCCAGCUGAAUUGCUUUUAGCUCAGACUGAAGACUAUGUGGAGUACUCAAGACAUGGGACAGUCAUCAAAGGACAGGAGCGGGCUGUUGCCUGCUCCAAGUAUGAGGAAGAUGUGAAGAUCAACAAUCAUACACAUAUCUGGGGAUCUUACUGGAAAGAAGGCCGAUGGGGAUACAAAUGCUGUCACUCUUUUUUCAAGUAUUCCUAUUGUACUGGAGAAGCUGGGAAGGAGAUUGCUAAUUCAGAGGAAUGUAUUAUAAAUGAUGCAACUGGAGAAGAAUCUGUGAAAAAACUUCAAACCCUCAUGGAGAUGCAUCAGGAGAAACUAAAAGAGGAGAAAAAGAAGAAGAAGAAGAAGAGGAAGCAUCGGAAGAGCAGUUCAGAGAGUGAUGAGGAGGAAAAGAAACACGAGAAGUUGAAAAAGGCACUGAAUGCAGAGGAGGCCGGUCUUCUUCACGUCAAGGAGAUCAUGCAGAUCAAUGAGAGGAAGCGACCUUACAACAGUAUAUAUGAAACUCGGGAACCCACUGAAGAGGAAAUGGAGGCCUACAGAAUGAAACGUCAGAGGCCAGAUGACCCCAUGGCCUCCUUCCUCGGACAGUAGUAACUCGUCACUGACCGUGACCCAAGAUAGACUCUGCUGAUGCAUUCUUUUAGAUUCUUGCUGUUGAUUAUCGAUGGAAAAACCCAUAUCUAUUCUCGUAUCUAGGAAGCAUAUCUAGGAAGCAAGGAGACUGCCUAAUAAAGCAUCCAGAAGUCUCAUAGUAAAUUCAUUCCUUUACACAGUGAAGAACAAAGAAGAAGAAAUAAAGUGGUACAUUAAGUGCAGAUUAAGAUUUUAUUUCAGACUUUAUAUUAAUGAUGUGGGAAAAGAUCUUAGUUCUCCACCUAUCAUGAAUAUCUUCUAAACAUUUAUUUAUUAAGUUUCAAACUUUAUUUCGUCAAUUUUUAUGGCCCUUUUUCUAGUGUUAGGACUCAUUGUGAAGGCCAAUUAGUUACUCUUUCUUGAAACAAGGGCUUCAUUUUUUUUUUAAUUAAUAGUAACUAUAACUGUAGUUAUUUAAUAAUCAUUUCUUUUUGCCUUCUCAUAUUUUUCUGAUCUGAAACUGAUAACCUAUCUUGAGCUUUGGAUUACUGGAAGGAAAUCUGUAGAACGUGUGAAUAACUUUAUCCCUGAUGUCAAGUCUGUGUAGUAAAAAUUCUGUUUUCCACUUGGUUAUAAAAUUUUGAUUUUCAAAACAUUUCCUUGUAUCUUAUACUCAGAACUAAAUGUGCUAGCCUUUGAAUGGGGGAAAAUGUUUUUCACCCUGAGUCAGUGUUGACUGAUCAGUCCUAGGUCUUUUACCAUUCUGGACGGGAGUAUUCAGACACAGAAAUCCUCUCCUUUGUCACAGAGGAUAUGGUUUGUGAUAUUAAUUGCUAUUUUAAUUGUGAUUGCCUUUAUAUAACAGUCGAGAAUAUUAGAUUUUUAAAAGAUUGUAGAGUAUCUCUUGUACCUAAUCUUUAUAGCCAGCGGGUGUCUCUUGGUAAAAUUUGCAAAAAGUGAAACCUGAAGUUGAAGGUUUCUUCAGAAUAUUACAAGCAGAGCCUGUAGGGUUAUUAGUAUCUGAGAAUGACAUGAUUUUUAAGCUUCUCCUAAUAACAUUGGGAAGAUAACACUGACAGAGUGGGAUCAAUGAAAACAAUCUGUUUAAAACCCCUGACACAAGUACAUUGACUUUUAACAGUUCACUGGCUUUUCCGAAUUACCACAUCCCACUUGAAUAUUGCAUUAAGUUAACAUCUCAGAAAUACUGCUGAUGGGAAAGUAACUGAAUCAAACUGUCAAGUACUGUGGAUAUACAUUGUAUCUAAAUUCAGACCAGUAUGAAAUUAAAACAGUGAUGCAAACAUCUAAUUCUUACCUACUUUAAGAAUGUCAAAAAUUUAUGUUUUCAUAUUCCUGCCUUAACAUAGGCUGGUUCAGUGUAAAAUCUGAUAUUAGUGUCUACUUUGUAUUUUAUUUAUCUUUUAAUAAAGAUAUAUAAUUGAAAAAAAAUAAAAAAAAGAAAUGUAAAAGUGAAACUUUAAACCCUGUCUCAACUCAAGGCCCCCUUUAUCAUUUCACAUCUAACCACUUCAACGGUUUAAAACUGGUUCUCAAGUGUGCUCUGAGAAUCCCUGAAGUCCAGAGACCCAUCGGGUCAGGGGGUCCAAGAGGUCAGAACUAUUUUCACAACACUAAACAUUACUUCCAUUCUCAUUCUCUUCUGAGUACACAGUGGAGUUCUUCAGAGACACGAUAUGUGAUGUUAUAACUCUAAUGACAAAUGGAAUUAGCCAUUAUGAUUCUGUGUUCUUGUAUUUUAAGUUUUUCAGUUUUGUUUCUCAAUACAGUGAACAUCAAUAAACACAACCUAUUUAUACCAAAGUUCCAUGGCAUUCUCAAUAAUUUUUAGAAGUACAAAAGGAUCCUAAAGCCAAAAUUUUCAGAAUCACUAUUUUUAAAGAUUAUGUCUAUAAAAGUCAUUAAAGCAUGAGUACUUCCCCUACUUCUAAAAAUCAAAGAUACCACAAACACAACACACACACAAAGUCU